AUGGAAAAACAGGAAUAUCGCAUCUUGAUCAAACAUCGAUUUUUGAUGGGAAAAACUUCUGAACAAUACUUGAAAUGGUUGCAGAAAUGUUAUCCCACAUCUGCUCCUUCGAGAACAACAGUUUAUCGGUGGUUUAGUGAAUUUAAAAUGGAUCGUACAAGCACCGAAGGCGCACCUCGCUCUGGAAGGCCAAAAGAGGCUACGAAUGAGGAAAUCGCAAAGCAAGUGCAUCGAAUCGUUUUGAGUGACCGUAAAGUGAAGUUGCGCGAGUUAACUGAGGCCGUGGGCAUCUCAAAAGAACGGGCGGGAUACAUUUUGCACGAUGUUUUGGAGAUGAAAAAGCUAUCGACACGAUGGGUGCCGCGUUUGCUGACCAUCGACCAAAAACAGCAGCGCGUUGAUGAUUCAACAGUCGGUUUGGCGUUGUUGCAGCGUAAUCGAGCGGACUUUUUUCGACGUUUUGUGACGAUGGAUGAACGAGUGAUGAAACGUGAGUCCAUUACCAUACGCCUGAGUUCAAUAGGCAGUCUGCAGAGUGGCUGA